UCCAAUCAGCGCGGAAGGGGGCGGGAUUUUGGGACGGUUGGUGCCAGAUCUUUGGUUGGUGCAUAGAACCGCCGCCAUCUUGAUCGCCGCCGCCAUCACCGUCUCCUCUCAGGUUUAGGAGCCGCUGCUAUGGACGGAGAGACGGGGAUGUGAGCGGUCAUUGAGGGCGGCCAGGGUGCACUUGAACACCCCCCCCCCCCCCCCAUCUACUUAGCGUGAGGGCUGAGCAUCGAGGGGCUGCGCUUCGAUGGUUGACCACAUGACGGGGCACAACAAGGAGAAGCGUUAUGAGUGUGAAAUUUGUGGCAAGGCCUGGCUGACCCGGAGCAAACUAGAGAUCCACCGGCGAGUUCACACGGGAGAACGCCCCUUCGACUGCUCAGAGUGCGGCAAGACCUUCAAAACGGCGAAUGAACUGAAGAUACACCGGCGGGUUCACACGGGAGAACGCCCCUUCGACUGCUUGGAGUGCUGCAAGAGCUUCAAGACGGCGAGGACCCUGAAGAUUCACUGGCAGGUGCACAAGGGCGAGACGCCCUAUGCCUGCUCCACAUGCGGCAAGGGCUUUGCCCAGUCGUCGGGGCUGUGGGUGCACCAGCGGGUGCACAGCAGUGAGCGGCCGUUCACCUGCUCCGACUGUGGCAGAGGCUUCAAGUCGUUGCCAGAGCUGAAGAAACACAUGCUCAUGCACACCGGGGAGCGGCCCUACACCUGCUCCCAGUGCGGCAAGGGCUUCACCUCCUCCAGCAGCCUGAUGCAGCACCAGCGCACCCACACCGGUGAGCGCCCCUACACCUGUGCCCAGUGCGGCAAGAGCUUCACACAUUCCAGCAGGCUGCUGAUUCACCAGCGCACCCACACUGGCGAGGGCCCCCACACCUGUGCCCAGUGCGGCAAGGGCUUCACCUCCUCCAGCCAUUUGUUGAUCCACCAGCGCAUCCACACUGGCGAGCGUCCCUACACCUGCAUCCAGUGCGGCAAGGGCUUCAUCUCCUCCGGCACCCUGAUGAAUCACCAGCGCAUCCACACUGGCGAGCGCCCCUACACCUGUGCCCAGUGCGGCAAGGGCUUCACCUCAUCCAGCAACCUGCUGUCCCACCAGCGCACCCACACAGGCGAGCGCCUCUACACCUGCGCCCAGUGCGGCAAGGGCUUCACCAGCUCCACCCUACUGCUGACCCACCAGCGGGUGCACACCAGCGAGCUCCCCUACAUCUGCGCCCAGUGCGGCAAGGGCUUCACCCAUUCCAACAUCCUGCUGAUGCACCAGCGCACCCACACCGUUGAGCGCCCCCACAUCUGCGCCCAGUGCGGCAAGGGCUUCACCCGCUCCAGCAACCUGCUGCAACACCAGCGCACCCACACCGGCGAGCGCCCCUACAUCUGCACCCAGUGCGGCAAGGGCUUCACCCGCUCCACCACGCUGCUGUCCCACCAGCGGGUGCACACCGGUGAGCGUCCCGUCCACAGCCCGGUGUGUGAAGAGCGCUUUGUCAGGGCCUCCCAUGCCCUGUCUCACCAGCGCGUGCACACCAGUGGCCAGCCCUACGACUGCCCGUACUGCGGUGAGGAGUUUGACAGCUCGCGGGGUUUGCAGCAGCACCGGCGGACCCACGUCGGCGAGCAGCUGCUCCCACUGUGACAAGAACGCAUGGGGGCUGCGUGAGCACCAGCAGAUGCACACCGGAGAGAGACCCUUUGUGUGUGCUGAGUGUGGCAAAGGUUUCACCAACAUGUCCAGCCUGUGGCAUAACCGGCGUACCCACAGCGGUGAGCGUCCUUUCCCCUGCCCGUCCUGUGGUAAGGGCUUCACCCGCCUUGACCACCUGCUGGAGUCCACACCGGCCAGAGCCCCUUCACCUGCCCGCUCUAUGGCAAGGCCUUUGACCGUUCCUCCGGCCUGCUGGCACAAUGCCACAUGGAUAGAUAGGCCGUGUUUAGGUUGACACAAAAUGCUGGAAGGAAUGGGUAACGUUUCGGGUCAUUUCUUCAAUCACCCAUUCCUUCUCUCCAGAGAUGCUGCCUGUCCCACAGUUACUCCAGCAUUUUGUGUCCUUUUUUGUAAACCAGCAUCUGUAGUUCCAUGUUUUUAAUCCAUUCUGGUUAACCAUCUCUGCACGUUCCCCAAAGCCACCACAUCAGUCCUGUAAUGGAGUGACCAGAACUGUAUGCAAUCCUCCAAAUGCUACCUGACCAAUGUCCCAUAAAGCUGCACAUAUACAUUCGUCACUCUCCCCAAUUUCACCCCACUCGUACACAAAUUCUCUCCACUUCACCCUCUCAUGCCCCCCCCCCCCCCCUCUCUCACACACACUCCCUCUCUCGCAGAACAUUGACUUCUCUAAUUUCAGGUAAUCCCUACCAAAGAUUGAUGGCAUAUAAGGUAGCCAGAGAUAGUGGGAGGGUAGAGGAUUGGGAAGCAUUUAAAGGUCAGCAAAAAAUAACUAAGAGAUUAAUUAAGACGGGGAAAAUAGACUAUGAAAGGAAUUUAGCGAACAACAUAAAAACUAAUAGUAAGAGUUUUUAUAGCUAUAUAAAAAGAAAAAGGGUGGCUAAGGUGAACGUUGGUCCAUUGGAGGGUGAGACUGGAGAGUUGUUGGUGGGGAACAUGGAAAUGGCAAAGGCAUUAAACGAGUAUUUUGUAUCAGUCUUCACCAUAGAAGACACAAAAUAUAUUCCAACGCUGGAUAAACAGGGGGCGGUAGGAAUGGAGGAGCUAAAUACUAUUAAGAUCACCAAGGAGGUGGUAUUAGGGAAAUUAAUGAGACUGAAGGAGGAUAAAUCCCCUGGGCCUGAUGGAUUACAUCCAAGGGUCUUGAGGGAGAUAGCGGUGGGGAUUGUGGAUGCAUUGGUGAUAAUUUUCCAAAACUCCCUGGAGGCAGGAACGGUCCCAGUGGAUUGGAAAAUGGCCAAUGUAACACCUAUAUUUAAAAAAGGAAGUAAACAGAAGGCGGGUAACUAUAGACCGGUUAGUCUAACAUCGGUGGUGGGUAAAAUGUUAGAGACAAUUAUUAAAGAAACACUAACGGGGCUCUUGGAUAAACAUGACUUCAUCGGACAGAACCAGCAUGGUUUUGUGAAAUGGGAAGUCCUGUUUAACGAAUCUGCUCGAAUUCUUUGAGGAAGUAACAACCCGGGUGGAUAAAGGGGAACCGGUGGAUGUGGUAUACUUGGGACUUCCAAAAGGCUUUUGACAAGGUGCCACAUAAGAGACUAUUGCUAAAAAUAAAAAAUUAUGGGAUUGGGGGUAAUAUAUUAGCAUGGGUAGAGGAUUGGCUAACAAAUAGGAAGCAGAGAGUGGGGAUAAAUGGUUCAUACUCGGGAUGGCAACCGGUAACUAGCGGGGUUCCGCAAGGGUCGGUGCUGGGACCCCAGUUGUUCACAAUUUAUAUAAAUGAUUUGGAGGAGGGAACCAAGUGUAAUAUAUCAAAAUUUGCGGACGAUACAAAAAUGGGAGGAAAAGUAGGGGAUGAGGAGGAUAGGAAGAGUCUGCAAAAGGAUAUAGAUAAGCUAGGUGAGUGGGCAACAACUUGGCAGAUGAAAUUUAAUACUAAUAAAUGUGAAGUCAUUCACUUUGGGAAAAAAAAUGAUAGGGCAAGUUAUUUUCUAAAUGAGGAGGAGCUGCGUUGUAAUGCAACGCAAAGGGAUCUAGGGGUAUUAGUACAUGAAUCACUGAAAGUUAGUAUGCAGGUGCAGCAAGCAAUCAGGAAGGCCAAUGGAGUUUUGGCCUUUAUUGCUAGGGGGAUUGAGUAUAAAAACACGGAGGUCUUGCUGCAGCUGUACACAGUAUUAGUGAGACCACAUUUGGAAUACUGUGUACAGUUCUGGGGUCCAUACUUAAGAAAGGAUGUACUAGCCCUGGAGGCAGUGCAGCGAAGGUUUACAAGAUUCAUUCCUGCAAUGAGGGGAUUGACAUAUGAGGAAAGGUUAAGUAGGCUGGAACUCUACUCUUUGGAGUUCAGAAGAAUGAGAGGCGAUCUCAUUGAAACAUAUAAGAUCGUGAGGGGCCUUGAUCGGGUGGAUGCACCGAGGAUGUUCCCAAUGAUCGGGGAAACUAGAAUUAGGGGACAUAGUUGCAGAAUAAGGGGGGGCUCUUUUAAAACUGAGAUGAGGAAGAACUUCUUCACCCAGAGGGUGGUUAAUUUAUGGAAUUCACUGCCCCAGGGAGCAGUGGAAGCAGAAACUUUAAAUAUAUUUAAAACUAAAAUAUAUGGUUUUUUAGCUGCCAAGGGGAUAAGGGGCUACGGGGAGAGGGCAGGGAUACGGACCUAGGUAUGGAUAGUAUAGUAAGACCUGAGUGAUCUCCUGGACAAGUGUCGAUCGCCUGGAUUGGGGUCGGAGAGGAAUUUCCCGGAUUUUUUUCUCGAAUUGGACCUGGGUUUUUAUCCGGUUUUUUGCCUCCCCCAGGAGAUCACGAGGUUCUUGGGGUGGAGAGGGGUGAUAGCGGUAUAAAGGGGAGGGUAGUGUCUUGUGUUCUGUGUCUUGUGUCUACUGUUUGUGGGUAAGUGUGUCUGUUUAGUGUUCAGCCAUGAGCGAAUGGCGGUGCGGGCUCGAUGGACCUGGUGGUCUGCUCUCGCACCUACUUUCUAUGUUUCUAUGAGAAGGCCUACCGGGAGGAGGUGGCUGAUCUAGCACUCUGGUGCCAGGAGAACAGCCUCCUCUUGAACAUCAAAAAAACGAAGGAGCUGAUCAUGGACUUUAGGAGGGCACAUCAUCCGAGGACGUACACUCCAUUGAGUAUAAAUGGGGAUCCUGUGGAUAGGGUGAACUGUUUUAAAUAUCUAGGAGUCCACAUCUCUGAGGAUAUGACAUGGGCAUCACACGCUUCAGCACUCGUGAGUAAGGCAAGGCAACGCCUUUACCACCUCAGGCAAUUGAGGAAAUUCAGAGUGUCUCCGAGGAUCCUCCAGCGUUUCUACGCAGCGGCGGUGGAAAGCAUCUUGUCCGGGAACAUUACCAUCUGGUUUGGGAAUUGCUCUGCCAAGGACAAGAAGGCACUGCAGAGAGUAGUGCGUUCAUCCGAACGCACUAUGGGCACUUCACUCACCCCCCUGCAGGAACUAUACAACAGGAGGUGCAACUCCAGAGCAAACAAAAUCAUGAGAGACCCCUUCCACCCCUGCAACGGACUGUUCCAGCUGCUAAGGUCAGGCAAACGCCUCCGUUGCCAUGCGGUGAGAACGGAGAGGUUGAGAAGGAGUUUCUUCCCAGAGGCAAUUUGGACUGUAAAUGCCUAUCUCACCAGGGACUAACUCUACAGAACGUUUUUCCUUCCAUUAUUUAUUAUGUAAAAAAAUAUGUGUGUUAUGAUUGUGUUUAUAAUUUGUUUGGUUGUUUUGUUGUUUGUCUUUUGCACAAAAGUCCGCGAGCAUUGCCACUUUCAUUUCACUGCACAUCUCGUAUGUGUAUGUGACAAAUAAACUUGACUUGACUUAUAGUGGAGCAAGAUAGGCCACUGCUGCGAAAUGCAAUGGGCUGACGUGUAGUAGCAAUGGAGCAGAACCUAGGCAUUUUGUUGUCCAUUUCAGUAACCUACCCGACUCACAGUAAUCAACGUUGCUGGGUAACAGUUUGUGUGUGUGAUAUAGGGUUAGUUCAUAAUUCUGUUAAUUCUUGUUAAAUAAUUAAAUAUUUAUAAAUUUUGACUGGUA